CUGUGUAAAGUUUUGGUAGACCAUGGAGCUGCGGUCAACCAUAGAAGUGGAGAAGGUAGAACACCACUGAUGAUGGCAGCUUCUCAAAAAGAUUCUGUGAGCCUGCUACAGAUGUUGUUAGAGAAUGGUGCAGAUAUUAACGACAUUGAUCACAAAGGCAAUACUGUCCUCAUGAAUGCUGUCAUGAGCCAGAAUU